AUGUCCACUAGCAUUCCAGCGAGUCUCGUGAUUUCUCAACCUUCCCUGGCGCCGUCGCGGCGUGAAAAUGACGCGAGCUUAAUGCGGGGUUUCAAAAGGAUGUUGAACAAGGAGCUGUUGCAUUUCAGUGAAUCCUCCAAGUCGGGGAACCAAAUCUCGGAAUACAUUUGCUCGACGUUCCUGGACAAGACCCAGGAAUUGGACUUGCCUUCCCUGCGUGUGGAUGACAAUGAGAACAAGUCUCCUCUCCGGAAACCCAGGCCGGCGCCGACCCCAGCCGGCCCCACGCCGGGCUCCACCAUGUCCCAGAUUUCGGGCAUCAAGAAGCCUCUGCCGCAUGCGAACAGCUUCAGCAUGGAAAAGGUCCCGAAGCUCGGAGUUGAGACGCCUUACGAAGUCGAACUGACUAAAGCUUUAAACCUCGAUGUGUGGGGUUUGGAUAUUUUCAAAGUUGAUGAGCUUUCCAACGGGCGUCCAUUGACUGUGGUCACUUACUCCAUUCUCCAGAAGCGGAAUUUGCUGGCUGCGUUCAAGAUUUCUCCGAAAACAAUGGUGAACUUCCUCAUGACGCUUGAGGAUCAUUACUUGAAGACUGUCCCAUACCACAACCGCGCACAUGCCGCUGACGUCACUCAGUCGAUUCAUGUGCUGCUGAAAACCCAAGCACUCGAGUCCGUUUUCACCAACCUCGAAGUUCUCGCUGCUGUGUUUGCUGGGGCUAUUCACGAUGUUGACCAUCCCGGGCUGACCAACCAGUAUUUGAUCAAUACAGGCUCUGAGCUGGCGAUUAUGUAUAACGACGAGAGUGUAUUGGAGAACCAUCACCUCGCCGUUGCCUUCAAACUCCUUCAAGACCCGAACCUGGACAUUUUUGCUAACUUCACCAAGAAACAGCGGACGACUUUGAGGAAGAUGGUGAUUGAUAUGGUUCUGGCUACAGACAUGUCGAAGCACAUGUCGCUAUUGGCCGACUUGAAGACCAUGGUGGAGACCAAAAAAGUCGCCGGAUCGGGUGUCUUGCUCCUCGAUAACUAUACAGACAGAAUCCAAGUUCUGCAAAAUCUGGUCCAUUGCGCGGACUUGUCAAAUCCAACAAAGCCUUUGGCGCUGUAUCAAUUGUGGGUGGACAGGAUUAUUGAAGAAUUUUUCUUGCAAGGUGAUAAAGAGAGGGAGCAAGGAUUGGAAAUCAGCCCGAUGUGUGAUCGGCACAAUGCUACCAUUGAAAAGUCGCAGGUCGGGUUCAUUGAGUACAUCGUUCAUCCUUUAUGGGAGACGUGGGGCGACUUGGUCCAUCCCGACGCACAAGAGAUGCUUGAUAUUUUGGAAGACAACCGGAACUAUUUCCUCACCCAAAUCCCGGCGAGUCCGACGUCGAGUCAGAGCGGGGUGAACGAGCUCCGGGAGACAGACGCAGAAGCCCCGGACGCCGCGGGUGGCGCGGAGGCCGCUGCGGCAGUCGGCAUCGAAGGGAUCGAAGAGGAGUCCGAACCGCCAACCCCCGGCGCUUCCGGCCCCGACGCGCACAAGGUGGAGACAAUGGCCACGGUGUCUACGGUGCGUGGCAGUGGCGGCGGCGAGCAGCAGCACGUUCGUGUCCAAAUCACAGUGGGCGACGCUGAGAGCUUCGACUCGCCGUCGAGUCCGCAGUCGCGUCAGCAGUCGCACGAGGAGGACCCCAGCGAAGGGUCGCCCGUAUGAUGUUUCUGCCUCAGUCGCCUGACACGGGCCUUUUGGACUUCAACCCACUACAGCCGCCUGUAAGCACACAGACGUUAGCGGAUCAUAGAGGAGCCCGUAGACGUGCGUCCCCUGUGUCGUGAUCCCCGCCUCGGCACUCGACCCUCAUGGAGUCCCCGACGCUGCGGCUGCCACCUUUCCCGGGAUGAAGUCAGGAAGGUUCUGCGAGGCGACAAGAGGUCACACACGCGUCUUUUUCCCUUGGUUCUGCAAAGCCACGCCGGCGAGGACCACGCCGGCGCAUGAAGGUUCCAAGAGUUUUCCUCCGUUCUUACCGUCGUUUUUGCUACGCGUGGAGCUUGUUACCUCAAUUUCUCCAUUUUUGUUCUACUCGAACGCGUUGGGAACUGUAAAAGGGAAUUUUGAAUUAUGAAAGGGUCUGAGUGAUUCACGGCCCGCGCGGGCAUUCCGUUGCUGUUGAAUUUUUUUUUUCGUCGUGAAGAGGCUGCUGAUCGGUGCGUGAUGUCGCACCGGAACUUGUAUGCGAUUGCUUAACAUUGGAUUUUCAGGAAAAUGUUGAUAGUGCAAGGGAUGCUACAUUAAUAACGGGGUUGGAAUUCCGGGAGACGAGAUGAAAAGGAAAGAAGCGCUUGGAAUUUUGGCCGGGCCAGCAGUCUCGCAGGGCGCCGGCAUUCAUUAUUGCCGCUUAACACGAAGCAUGUACAUUUUAUCCUUCCGUCGUACGUGUGGAUCGAGCGUGAUACUUUUUUUCUUUAUUUUUGUUUUGUCGUCGCUAUUCACAGCGGGUGUGCUUGAUGGCAGCUAGCGAGUGCAUGCAUGGCUUUUACUUUCCGGCCCGCAACGACGCCAACUCCGGGCGGCUUUUUGUUGGCGUCCUUUUGGACGAGGCCAAGGGCGAUUCCUUGAUUGCGGGGUAUCCGAUAGAAUCCGCUGUUUAACUGUUUGCAACUUCGAGUAAAAAUCAAUUCCCUGGAUAUCUGCACUUUGCCAGAUGGCCGGUUUUUGUUCCGGUUCAUUUUGCAUUCGCCGCCCGGCUCCCGGUCCCCUAUUUUUUCUAUCGUCGAGUAUUGUGAGAGGUACUGCUUUUCUAAGCAUAACAUCUUGAUCCGAGAAAGAAGCUAUAUAUCAGUGGAAUGAACUAUAUAUUGGAAUUGACUCGUGCAGCUGUGAUCCACCCCUUUUGACAAAUGUAUUGUCCCACACUGUUCAUUGGUCCUUCGCCGGUUUCACCCAAUGACGCUUAGCCCACCUGUAGCCUCGCAGCCGAACAGCGUUUGUACAGUUCAGUCGAGUUUUUUUCCUGUCUGCCAAAUGAAACUCAAAUGUCGGGGUUGCGCGUGCCGCAGUCUGAAAUGGAAGAAAUAUUUUGAAGGAAUGAAGGAUCUCUGAGAUUUACCUCAGAACCGAGAGACCCACAGACAAGGUCGCAGUUGGUCCAGGGCGUCAAUGUAACUUCUUUUCCGCAAAAUUUUGAUGUGCACUUGCAGUAAUUUUCUGAGGAAGUCGUAGCCCUGCUUUUCCUGGAGCUCGUAACUUUUCCUUACAUGGAUGUGGAUACCGGGAUUCUGUGAUAAGAUUAAUAUUUGUGUGCGGAAUGGAAAUUUUUAACAACCUCUUUGACUGAGUUAUUGGAAGAUCUUGCACAGUCGCGUCGCAUAUUUUAAUUUAGUUCCAAGGAAACGCUAAUGAGCUCUGCUCUGUAAUGAAGGUCUGUCUCGAAACAAUAACGGCGCAGAAAUUUCCACGGAGCUUUAUGUGAAUGCUUGAUUUUGGACGCGUGAGAAAUUCAUCUCCCGUCGUUAUAGCAUUGCGCUAUUUCGUUAUCUGUUGCAGAUGACUAACUCGCCAUGGACCUGUGCGCAUUUGCUCGGUGCGAGUGUUUGAAUGUGCCAAACUUGAGUCGGCAACGGUUUUUCUUUCUUUGGAAUGUAAUGAAUGUCGGCGUUGUCUUUUCUAUGCUGUCCCUAGAGACUACAAAACACACGGCGGAAAGCGCGGCAUUGAAAACGUACGUCAGAAAUGGAAUUCUAUUGGGGAAUGAAAUUACAACUUUGAUGGAAAUUCA